UCUCAGACAUCCUUUCACUGGUUGGAACCAUCACAGCACGCCUAUCACGUCCGUUUGCCUCUCACCCCAGCUUCCGGUAUAUUUCGACCGAUAGGUUUCGCCUCCCAACCCAGAUACUCUACCCGUGGGCUAUUCGAUACCCACAACACCUCUGGUCCCCAUUCGCAGUCUGCUAUUGCAUUUUCACCAUGGCGCACCAGGAAUCUGAGGAGCGUGCCGAAGAGUGGGCCGUCCUCCAAGCAAUCUAUCCUGAACUUGAGAUCGACCCGGGAAAUCCAUUCGCUGCACAUAUGGAACUUAUGGUCAAGCCGAGCACUCCUCUUCCUGUCACUUUUGAGCAGGUGGUCGAACGACUUGCGUACCUGCCCCCAUUGCAUCUGCAUAUUACACUACCUGUUGGAUAUCCCGAAGCCCCGCCAUCCGUGACCGUCUCUACCGUUCCGUCGUGGUUGCCGCCUGAUGUAACAGCCAAGCUGGCAAAUCAGGCGCUACUGUUGUGGGAAGAGUACGGCGGAGGCCAGCUGUUUACCUACAUCAGCCAUCUCCAAGAGGCGGCGGAGACGACUUUCGGCCUGUCGGAGCUUACCCUACCCUCCGAUCUAAAACCUGAUCUACUGGCUUACAGCAUACGGACCAAGCGUGAGCUUUUCGACAAGGAAACCUUUGAAUGCGAGGUGUGUCUGGAACCGAAGAAGGGGUCUGUCUGUUACCGCAUGCAGCGCUGCAACCACGUAUUUUGCAUAGCUUGUCUGCAGGAUUAUUACAACAACUGCAUCAAGGAGGGCGACGUCAACAACGUCAAGUGUAUGUCGGUCGACUGUGGUCAGUCUGCGCAUGGCUCGAGCAAGAAGAAAGAUCGCUUGAUCUCACCCAAGGAGCUGCUUCAGAUUCCAAUAUCUAUCGACAAUGUAGAUCGUUACGCAAAGAUCAAGCGGAAGAAAAAGAUUGAAGCCGAUCCAACAAUCAUUUAUUGUCCCCGCUCCUGGUGCCAGGGUGCGAUGCGGACCAAAAAAUACCCCAAAAUCACCAACGUAUCUGAAAUGGACGAGUCGGAUUCCGAAGCUGACGAACCCGUUGCGGAGGUGGCGGAGUCGCAGGAUGUAGCCGCAUUCGAGAAGCGUAGAGUAGGCAUCACAGGGAUGGAUCGUUUGGCUGUGUGCGAGGACUGCAACUUGGCAUUCUGCCAGAUUUGCCUCGCGUCAUGGCACGGGGAUUUUGUACGGUGUGAACCACGCGAUUCCGCCCAGCUCACCGAGGAGGACCAGGCGUCGCUCAACUUCAUCAUGAAGAAUUGUUCACCCUGCCCAACCUGCUCGGUCCCGUGUCAGAAGUCGCAUGGCUGCAACCAUAUGACAUGUUUCCAGUGCAAGUCACAUUUUUGUUAUCUAUGUGCAGCGUGGCUGCGCCCCGAGAAUCCCUACGAACAUUUCAACAAUCCGAAGAACAAGGGGUGUUAUCAACGGUUGAUGGACAUGGCAGAAGGUGAUAUGGCCCAGGGGGAUAUUCAGUUUGGUGGACGGAGAGGUGCUGAACAGAUUGCGGACUUCUGGGAGCAAGAGGCUAUGCGGAUUCAAAUGGAGAUCAAUGAGCUGGAUAGCUGA